AUGACGCUGAUCGGCGCGGUCUUCGGCGCGGCCAUGGGCCUCAACACCAAGCUGCUCUCGAACGCGCUGCAGAAGGUCCCCUACAUGCGCCACCCGUGGGAACACGUCGCCUUCAUCGGCAUCGGCGCCUACGUCGGCCACAUUGUCGCCGACAACUACGAGACACAGGUCAACGACGUCGCGGCCCUCCGCACGAUGCUCGGCAAGCCCGAAGAACGUCAAUAA